AUGUCUACUAUAGCAUCUCCUCGCGAGCCUCCCCGGCGCACCCCGACAAACUCCAAUCGCCCAUCCUUCGAAACCUCCCGUUCCGCUGUCGCUUCUCCCGUGCUUACACAGGGGCCUACGAACCCUCCUGCGCCCCCUCAACGCAAGACUUCGUCCAACCGCGCAGCUCUAAGAGAAUACUAUAAUCUUCGGGCUGCAGCUCCACGUAUCGAGAUCCCCGAUUCUGAGGUCCCAGCUACGGAAAUCGACGCCCAGGAUUUUAAUGCCGACGAAUAUGUUGCCAAAGUCAUCACGAACAGUAGUUUGGAGGAGCUCAUGAAGUUGUACACACGUGUAGUCGGAGAAGUGCGCGCACUGGAUGCGGAGAAGAAGGCUCUGGUAUACGACAAUUAUAGUAAGCUGAUUACAGCGACUGAGACGAUUCGCAAGAUGAGAGCAAACAUGGACCCCUUGAAUCCUAUGGCCUCGACCCUCGACCCAGCUAUUGCACAGAUCUAUAGUCAGGCAUCCUCCAUCCGAGAUGCGGUCCGUGAAACAGUCCCUGCGCCAGAUUCCGACGAAGGGAAAAAGCGAGAGGCUAUGGCCAGACAACAACGGACAAGAGAACUAGCAAUCCAGGUCCUAGCGGUCCCUGAACGACUUCGCGCCCUGGUCGGAGAAGGCAAGAUUGCGCAAGCGCGCAAAGAAUGGGUCUUGCCACGGAAACUGCUUGAAUCAUGGAAAGAGAAGGGAAUUGGUGGUAGCGAUGUUGAAGAGUGUAUUGAACAGGGUGACGAGGCGUUGAGACAAGCUGAUGUCAAGAGUAGUGCUUCGAGUCCAAGGAUAUCGAGGGAUGAGAGACUAUCAAGAGAUAGUCGGGUAUCAAAAGAUGGACGGUAG